AUGGUUGUCCAGGCGGAGACCCAAUCCCUUAUCCAUGGGGCUCGCCUGUGUCGUACGGCGCCAAGGGUGAGCCAUCUCUUGUUCGCGGAUGACUGCAUCAUUUUCGGUCGGGCAAAUCUGAGGGAAAUUAUGGUGGUUAAAGAUAUUUUGCAAACUUAUGAGGGUGCUUUUGGUCAGAAAGUUAGUUUUGAGAAAUCUGCCAUCUUUUUCAGUAAGGGCAUCCCGGAAGAAGAGAGGCUUCUGCUAGCUGCCCAGCUUGGUGUUCCCUGUGUUGCUAAGCAUGGUAAUUAUCUUGGUAUUCCGAGUAUUGUGGGACGGUCAAAAAUUGAGAUUUUCCAGUUGUUGGUUGAUAGAACAAGGAAAAAGGCCAAGGAUUGGAAGAGGAGAUUUUUAUCAGGUGCCGGCAAAUUAGUUCUUAUCAAAUCCGUUCUGCACUCUAUUCCUACGUACCUGAUGAGUGUAUUUGCUUUGCCGAGUCAGAUUUGCCAGAGAUUGAACAGUCUAGCUGCGAACUUCUUCUGGGGACAAAAAGAUGAAGAAAGACGCAUUCAUUGGAAUAGAUGGAGCAAACUGUGCAGACCCAAAGGAAGUGGUGGACUUGGUUUUAGGGAUCUUAGGCUUUUUAAUCAAUCUUUAUUGGCGAAACAAGUGUGGCGGAUCCUUCUUAAUCCGGAGACCAUUCUUGCUCGCUCUCUUAAAGCUCGGUAUUUUCCAAGGACAUACAUUUUGCUAGCUAGUAAUGCUCAUAACCCUUCUUUCAUUUGGAAUAGCUUAUUAGUUGGUCGUGAGUUGUUAUUGGAAGGUAUUGCGUGGAAAGUCCCAGAAGUUUGGAAAGAAACGAAGCUUACAGAUUUUAUCUUGGACAACCCUCUCUCAUGGGAUUUGGAUGGUCUUGCUGAGUUCCUGGAACCCGGAGAUCUAUGGAAAUUAACAUCCCAGAUUGUGCCUUCUUCGAAUUGUCCGGAUUCUCCCUUUUGGCCUGAUGGAAAAUUUAACUCCUACACUGUGAAAUCUGGCUAUCAUCUGGCUUGCUCGCUUAGCCAAAGAUCAGAGGCUUCUUCUUCUAAUCAGGAUGAGUCGCUCUGGCAUUGGAUAUGGGGAUUAGAAGUGCUACCGAAAAUCAAGCUUUUUAUGUGGAAAUGUCUAGCUGGGGCAAUUCCUACCUCUCAGGCGCUUUUAUCCCGAUCAAUUAACAUUGAUCCCCUUUGUCGUCGCUGUGGUAAUGAUAUUGAAACGCUGGAACACGCUCUGCGAGAUUGCCCUUGGGCCUCCUUUAUAUGGGAGGUCUCGCCCCUUCGUCUCAGCCCGACUCCUGCUAAUGGUCAAUGCUCGAUUGCUGCUUGGUUUGAAAUCAUCCGUCAGAUUCCUCAUGGAGAAAUUCACAAAUCUUUUGCUAAUCUGGCUUGGGCGAUCUGGCACGCUAGAAACCUCUUGGUUUUUCAAGAUAAGGAGAUUUCCCACUUUGAUUGUCUCUCUGCUUCUCAACGAGUGAUUUGGCAUAGGCUGGUUUCGGCUCCUAAGGCGGCUCCUCCUCCUGUGGCGGUGGAGUGUAGGCGUGAUCAUCAAGUGAAGAUUUUCUGUGAUGCUUCGGUGGUGGAGGGUGUUGGAGUGGGUAUUGGUGUGGUUGUGAAAAACAAGGAUGGCCUCGUUCUGUGCUGCUGCUAUGGUUUCUCGCAUGGAGUGUUCACGGUUCUGGAAGGGGAAGCGAAAGCCGUUCAUGCUGGACUCCAGUUGUGUAAGGACCGAAACUUCGAUGAUGCUAUUGCUGUGACUGAUAGCCAACUGCUCUAUUGGCGCUUGGUUAAUGGUGAGCUCGAUCUUUCCUAUCUUGGUGACACUCUGGCGGGGAUUCGUCUCUUGGCUGCGGAGCUACGUUUUUGUGCUUUUACUUGGACUCCUCGGGAAGGCAAUGCAAAUGCCGAUUGUUUGGCGAAGUUAGCUAAGUCUAGUCGUUCUGAUUUUAUUUUUUCUGAUGUUCUACCCAACCUUGGGAACCUUUCUUCUUUGUCUUAA